AGAUUUGGGUUCAAGCCGAUGAAUGGCGGGGCGGGGCGGAUGGAGUUGAGUAGAUUUGAAGCAGCACAUGGCAGAUGAGCCAGCAGAACUGGCUUUGUAGACGUCUCAGGUGUUUUUUGAAGUUUUUGGCUUGCCUCCGCCAUGCUCAGAGGACAGAAGUAGAAGAGAAAAGCAAGGAAGAGGAGGACGAGGGCAGUGAGGUCAGGGACGAGAAAGAUGAGGCAAAGCCGAAAUUCCAGUCCCCGGCAGAUCCUCGGCACUUAGAAGCCUUGUCCAACCGCUACCCCGCAUGUUGCAGAAUUGAAGCUGCAGAGCACAGGGCGAUUUCUUUUGCACAAUUGCAAGAUGUAGUGAACUAUUCUCUGACAAGCAGCACUUGUUGGGACCUUGACACGCCACAUGGGCCAUGGGCGUUGACCCAUUACGAUAUCAUGAAAUGGCUUGUGACGCCUUCCACGCAGGCUCACCAAUGCUCAUUUACCGAACUCGUCGCAGCUGGUGCCCAGUCAGCCGAAGUUUAUGUGAGCCACUGCUUUGGGCAACCAGCACGAGAUAUGCUGGAAUGCCUCCAGCAGCAAUCAAGAACUCGUUUGCUUGGCGAUGCAUUCUUUUGGAUUUGGGCCUAUGCACAUCAACACGGUCAGAGCUUUGUGCCAGAGAGUUUGCAUGACUCAGAUGCCUUCCAGGCAAUGAAGGCCUCUCAAUGGGUUCUUCUGCCAUUGGGCAUGAGUUCCCUCUUCAGCAGAACUUGGUGCUUGAUAGAAGUUACGCUGGCUGUUGUGGAGCUGCAGAAACCAUUGGACAUGGUAGCCUUUGCAUUGGAGGGCCCCGUUGUUUUGACGCAGAGCCUCACAGAAGUUGAAUGCAGAAUGGAAAGCAAACUGCAAGGAACAGGCUUUCGUGAGAAGAACAGAAGGGAAGAGACGUUUCCAGCAGACGUUUUGACCGCUGCGCUUGACAUUGCAAUUGAGAGAUCAGACGCCGUGAGCAAGAUGGACCGGAACCGUUUGCUGCACAAGCUCCUAGAAGAACAAGGUGUGGACCUUGCGGCUGUGGCCUUGAAUCGGUAUUUUGAAAGGGUGAAUGUGAAGCUUCGUGGCCUUUUCGCCUCCAUGAUGUGGCUGCCCAUGGUUGAAUCCGAGAAGCUUCCGCGAAAUGCACUGGCCGAAUGCGUGAAAGCUAACGUAUCAAACGACUCCUUGAUCGUUAACUUAUGCGCGUCCAAGGUGGACGAUGCUCAUUUGUCACUGCUAGCAGGAUCCAUGCACAAUCAUCUCUCUCGAGUGGACCUGAACUUUUGCAUGUGCUCCAAACUCACUGGAAAGGGAGUCGAGGACUUGUGCAGGCAUAUGCCUCAAAAGCUGAAGACUCUGAAGCUAAACUUCAAGCUUUGCUCUGGCGUGGGUCAAGGUGGCAUCGACGCCUUGGCUUCCUUCCCUGUAAGCCUCACCUCCUUACACUUGAACUUUAGCUGCAACUCCGAGAUUAGGAGCUUGGCAAGCAUUUGCCAAAGCAUCAGAGGAUUGGCGCAAAGUUCCUUGAAGCUGUUGGACUUGGAUGUAUCUGCAGUGGAGAAGAUCAAUGACAAGAGCUUGAUUUUGUUGGCGGAAACGUUGGAGCUCAGCAGAUUGAGAAACAUAUUCUUGUCAUUCCGUUCAUGCAGAGCCCUGAGUGAUGUGGGGGUAGAAGCAGUUGCUGGCGCACUCCCCCCCAGUGUCACACUCCUCAAGCUGGAUUUUGCAGACUGUGAUAUUUCAGAUGUGAGCUUGGAUGCUUUGUCCAGUCAACUUUCACAUUUCCAAGAGAUUGGCGUGAUCCAAGUGAAUUUGCAAGGCUGCCAGGUCACAGAAACAUCUGUCGCUCGUUUUGUUUCAAAACUUCCCAGGAGUCUUCGCGGUGCAAAACUCAACUUGAGUGGCACACCUUUGCCACAGGAAAUUCAGAAGAUUUGUCGACGAUUGCCAACGAUGAGGUCUUGGGUUCCAUCAAAGCCCAGCGCAAAUGCCUUCAGCUCAACACAAACCUGCAACAAUUCAGCUCAAGAGCAAAGGAGCGGCCUCGCAUUGGAAAGCAUUGAUUUAUUCCUACACCGGGGCCAGGUCCAAAGUGUUUCGCUUCCUGCUGUCAAAGCCAUCAGGGGGCAUAAACUUUCUUGGCUAGAGACCAUGUACCCCUCGGCUACGGAUGAGGAAAUGAAGCGUCUCAGCCGUGCUUUUAGUGAGCCACACGUGCGACAGUUUAAGGCUUUGUUGCCCAAAGUGGCAAGCCUUACGCGUGGAGGAUCGAGUGUUAACUCGGCAAGGCCGGAGUGUAUGUACUCGAGACCUCGAACAUCGUACAACGGCUUUUCAGAACCAAUUUGGUACCCGUGAAUGACAUAUCCUGAGAGUCUGGGCCUUGAAGAGGUCAGGCUUAUGCAGGCUUUCAACUUGGAGAAAAGGGGC